GGCGGUUCGGGGAGUGAUGUCUACCACGUACCCGCCCAUUUCGCAUCGAAUUUGAUUACUUCGGUAUUAUAUUUCCGUUCUUACUUCUUUCUACAAGUCAAAAGGGAAAAUUGUGGAUCACUUGACUCUUCAAGGUCACUGAAUCUCGGGGGAAAUCAGAUCUUCGAUAAUUAAGCGGCCAUUUCCGCUGAAGAUUCGUUGGGCGAGUCGAUUUUCUUGCCAGGCUCGGUAAGAAUCUUUACAUUCUUUUGUUUGGUGUUCUUCACCUUGAUCUUCGCAUUUUUCACACUCCCCGAAAAAGUUUGGUUGAAGGGUCCAAAUCGUUUCCAAGAUGGGGGAUGGGGCUGCGCCUUCGCGGUAUGUGAAAUUGAAGAAAGAUCAAGCGCCUUUAGAAGAUAUCAAGCCGGGGGAGCUUAACCAGCCCAUUGAAGUUCCUCAGUUAGAUGUAAGAAAAUGCAACGAGUGUGGACAGGCGCUACCCGAAAGCUUCGAGCCUCCAGCGGAUGAACCUUGGACAACUGGGAUUUUUGGCUGCACUGAAGAUCCACAAAGUUGUUGGACUGGACUGUUCUGUCCAUGUGUUUUGUUUGGGCGCAAUGUCGAAAGCUUGAGAGACGACGAUAUGGACUGGAGAAAGCCAUGUGUUUGUCACGCUAUACUUGUUGAAGGUGGCAUUGCCUUGGCGACGGCAACUGCAGCAUUCCAUUGCAUUGAUCCAAACAUUUCUUUUCUCAUUUGUGAGGGAUUGUUGUUUACCUGGUGGAUGUGUGGCAUAUACACUGGACUCGUCCGCCAAUCUUUGCAGAAGAAGUAUCAUCUUAAGAACUCCCCAUGUGAUCCUUGCAUGACACAUUGCUGCCUGCAUUGGUGCGCGCUUUGUCAAGAACACAGGGAGAUGAAGGGACGCCUAGCCGAUAACUUUGUGGUGCCAAUGACGAUCGUGAACCCGCCCGCCGUUCAAGAAAUGAAGUCGGAAAAUGAUGGUGAAGGCACCACUUCAUCUUCAAGCAUGGGGAAUGGGCAGACCAGUUUGGAAAUGCAGGCUUUGUAGAUCCCCUCAUCGAUACAUUAGAUUGUUUCAGCGAGCUUCUCUGAGACUCAGACCACCCCAAGAGUGUAAUGAACUCGCUGAGUCCUUUCAAUUUGUAUCUUAAAUUUUCUCCAGAUAUUAUAUAAUUAAAAAUAUGAAUUAUAAAAGAAAAAAA